AGAAGGGGGUAAGGAGAUAGAAUAUAUGUACAAUAUACAAGGUAGUUCAUAACCACCAUAAAUACCAACAUUGCGAAACAUUGUUAGGACCCAGGGCAUAAUUGUAAUAAAAGUGGGUAAUUAAAUAACUAACAGGCAGGGGAAUGUAAUGGGAGGGAAGCCUUAUGGGAGCUAACGCCUACUAAAGAGGCUGUUGUAGAGGAAGAAUUAGUUUUGAUGAAAUAACAAACUCUCCCGCCCUCUUUGUUUCUCUCUCUCUCUCUCUAUCUCUCUUUCUUUCUUUUCUUGUAUUGCUGUUUUAGAAGGAAAUUCCUUUCGGAAUUUCUGCCAUUGUCAAACCCUAAGUCAAGGGCUUGACAAAUUGGUAUCAGAGCGGUGGGUCCUUGGCGGCUCUCCGGUGAGAAAAUCUUGGGUGGAAGACAGACGCACGGCAUGACGGAAGGUACUCAUCUCAAACAGAUGGAGGCGCGUAUGGAGUCCUUAGAGGCGAGCGUGACACGCGUACAGGAGGACGCGGCGUCCAACAGGGAAGAUGUCGCGGCCAUCCGUGACAGCAUCAAAGAGCUGGAACGAGGCCAAGAACGAGCGGAUUUUUACAGCCAAAAGAUAGACAGUAUGUUCAUUAUGCUGUCGGCGUUGCCACAGUUUAAAGUGGCUGGAGAAUUGCAUCCAAGAUCGGGGACCGAGCCAAUCUUGGAGAGGGAUGGAAUCUUGCCUAGGCCGGAGGGAAUCAGGAUGUUGGACGAGUGAGGAGUUUAUGAACGGGAGUCGCAGGGUAGAAAUACAGGCCAUAGUCACCCGCCCAUACCAAGAUUGGAGAUUCUGAUAUUCGAAGGGGAGAAGCCGAGGGGGUGGGUUCGCCGCUGUGAGCGGUUCUUUGAAUUGUACCGCGUCGGGGAAGAUUAGAAGGUGGUGAUGGCAGCGGCAUAUCUCAACGAUAUUGUCGAUGCAUGGUAUCAGAAUUGGAAGCAGGCAGAAGGGCCAUGGGUGUCAUGGAGAACCUUUGCGGAGGAGUUGUGUGGCCGGUUCGGAGAAAAAAAUAUGACCGACAUGGUAGAAGAAUUUAACAAGCUGCGGCAACAAGGGUCGAUAGAGGAUUACUUGAGGAGGUUCGAGGAGUUGAGAGCGGUGAUCGGAAUAGCCCAUCCCAGCUUGUCAGAGACCUAUUUCGUCUCAAGUUUUAUCAGCGGUUUAAAGGAUGAUAUGCGAUCAGUGGUGAAAAUGUUGGCGCCAGCGACAGUUAAACAAGCAGCGGAGAAGGCCCGCUUGCAAGAAUUGACUUGGGAAGCAGUAUUCAAGAAGGGCAGGACGUGGAAUCACGUAGGAGCACAGCAAGGAAGGGGUAUAAGUUUUCCUUCGGGGGAAUAUUCUAAGUCGACAAUGGGAGUGAGUGGCCAAGGAGGACCCAGGACUAGUAAUAACUCGAGAAGUAAUAAAAAUUCAACAAUGGAACAGAGGCGGCAACUGGGUUUAUGCUUCAAAUGCGGCGAAAAAUAUGGGCCCGGACAUCAGUGCAGAAGAUUGAUGCUGAAGAUGGAGGGGUCGGGCGAGGACGAUGAGGCAGAGGAGGAGCUGUUGGAAGAAGUCGUAGAAGGGGAAGGUAGAGAACAAGAAGAUUACGAGGAUGAAGGAGGCCAGAUCUCCUUCCAUGCCUUAAAAGGUGGUUCAACUGGAAGGAUUAUUCAGGUGAAAGGCCAAGUGGGAAAGAAGAGACUAGCGGUGUUAAUUGAUAGCGGCAGCACUCAUAGCUUUCUAAAUAAAGCUAUUGCCGUAGACCUCAACUGCAAGAUGACAGAGACAGUUCCCCUAUCGGUGACCGUAGCCAACGGUAAUAAAAUGUAUAGUCACCACAAGUGCUAUAAUUUCAAUUGGGUCAUGCAAGGAGUGGAGUUUAUGGCAGACUUUAGGGUGCUGGAGUUAAGGGGAUGUGACGUAGUCUUGAGGGUAGAUUGGAUGAAGACGAUCAGCCCGUUAACAUUUGACUUUAAUAAGCUAGAGGUGACAGUGGAAGUUGAGGGAAGGAAGCUGACUUUAGUGGGAAAUUUGGAACAAGGAGAAUGCAAGCUGAUUUCAGGAAAGAGAUUGCAGAAAUUGAUACAAAAAAACAGUGGACAAAUCACCCAUCUGUACUCUCUAAGAGGUAUGGAGGAGGAGGAUCAAGCAACCAAUGUGGAAGCUGAGUUGAAAUUACUAAUGAAUGAGGUUCUAGUAAAUCAGAUGUUGCUGCUUUCAAGCAUUACAUAGGCUCUCAGUUUAAGCUUAAGGAUUUGGGUGACUUGAAGUAUUUUCUAGGUGUUGAAGUAGCCAGAUCUCAGUGGCAUAACCAUAUGUCAACGGAAAUACACUUUAGAUCUGCUAACAGAUUAUGGACAGCUAGGCAGCAAACCGGCUUUGACACCUAUGGAUCCUAAUCAUAGAUUGUCACAAACUUCCGAGGGAACUCUUAUUAAUGCAACAUGUUGCAGACAGCUGGUGGGGAAGUUGAUCUAUCUCACGUUUACCAGACCUGAUCUUGUCUAUGCUGUUCAAGUCUUGUCUCAGUUUAUGGACAAACCAGCAGAGAUCCAUUUAAAGGCAGCAUACAGGGUUUUGAAGUAUCUAAAGAAGGCACCAGGUCAAGGCUUGUUUUUUCCAGCACAAUCCUCUCUGUGACUGGAGGCAUAUUCUGAUAGUGACUGGGCUGGUUGCCCAGACACCAGAAGAUCUAUUACAGGGUUUUGUAUUUUUAUUGGAGGUUCUAUGGUGAGCUGGAAAUCUAAGAAACAGACCUUAGUGGCAAUAAGUUCUACAGAAGCAGAGUACAGAGCCCUUGCAGCUACUUGCUGUGAAUUGAUUUGGAUUCUAUCUGUAUUAAAGGAUCUAGGCAGCUUGUCAGUUGCCUGUGCUAAUGCAUUGUGACAGUCAAUCAGCUUCGCACUUAUGUGAAAAUCCAGUCUUACAUGAGAGAACAAAACAUAUAAAGGUUGUCACUUUCUCAGAGAUAAGAUUACAGAUGGAUUGAUUCUGCCACAAUACAUUUCUAGUACUGAAAAAAUAGCAGAUGUCUUCACCAAGGCUUUGCAGCCAGGGAAAUUUUAUUAUCUGAUGUCCAAGGCUCAUCUUGAGGGAGAGUAUCAAAACAGUACAGAGUUAGUUGGAUAGUUAUUUGUUUUGUUUGUUGUUAGUUAGUUGGUUGAGACAGGUAGAAUCUGUUACCUGUUAGUUGCAACAAUUCUGUAUAUAUAUUUGCUUUCCUUCUUUGUUUCCUCUGAUUUUCUUUGAAUAAAAACAAGAGCUGCCUUUUCCAUCUC